AUGGCCAUGGUGAGUGGGGGGUGGGGAGAUCCCAAUGGCGGCACCAACGGCCUCGGGGAAAAGGGCUACCUGAAGCGGGAGGAUGAGGACGGCUCCCCACAAGCGGGGGGCAGCGACAUGGAGGCCGGGGAGGACGACAAGGCCUGCGUGUUGGACUGUGUGGUGUGCGGGGACAAGUCGAGUGGGAAACAUUACGGCGUGUUCACCUGCGAGGGAUGUAAAAGCUUCUUCAAGAGAAGCGUUCGACGUAACCUCAGCUACACGUGCAGGUCUAAUCGAGAGUGUCAGAUUGACCAGCACCACCGCAACCAAUGCCAGUACUGUCGCCUCAAGAAGUGUUUCCGAGUGGGAAUGCGCAAAGAAGCAGUUCAACGCGGUCGCAUCCCACCGCAGCCUAGUCUCAGCCCAAGCCUCACGCCUAUAGGGGGCGCCAGCGGCCUGGGAGGCGGUGAAUUCUACAACAACAACAACAAUGGAGGAAAUGGCGGUCAGCCGGUUUCUGAGCUUAUCUCGCAGCUGCUGAGAGCUGAGCCGUACCCCAACAGCCGCUACGGGCACCAGUACAACCAGCAGGCCGGUCCUGAUAAUUCCAUGGGCAUCGAUAACAUCUGCGAGCUGGCCGCUCGGCUACUCUUCAGCACGGUGGAAUGGGCCAGAAAUAUCCCUUAUUUUCCUGAGCUGCCAGUGUCAGAUCAGGUGGCUCUGCUGAGGCUGAGCUGGAGCGAAUUAUUCAUCCUCAACGCAGCCCAGUCGGCCUUGCCACUCCACAUGGCGCCCUUGUUGGCCGCGGCGGGCUUCCAUUCGUCACCCAUGUCAGCAGAGCGUGUGGUGUCCUUCAUGGACCAAGUGAGGGUGUUCCAGGACCAGGUUGACAAGCUGACCCGACUGCAGGUGGACUCCGCUGAGUACAGCUGUCUCAAGGCCAUCGCACUGUUCUCACCAGAUGCCUGUGGCCUGACAGACGCAGUCCACGUGGAAUCCCUGCAAGAGAAGGCUCAAGUGGCUCUGACCGAGUACGAAAGGAUGCAGUACCCGAGUCAACCUCAGCGCUUCGGCCGCUUACUCCUGCGCCUCCCUGCUCUCCGCGCCGUACCCGCCAGCCUCAUCUCCCAGCUCUUUUUCAUGCGCCUGGUGGGGAAGACCCCUAUUGAGACGCUCAUCCGUGACAUGCAGCUCUCUGGAAGCUCCAUCAGCUGGCCUUAUGUGCCUAUGUGAUAAGAUUUAUUUUUAUUUUGUUGGCAGUGCUGAGAACAUGAAAAUGCGGCACUGUUGAUACAGUUAAGAACAAUAAGGAUGGUAGUGAUGAAGAGAGCACAUGGUCCUCUGCGUGGGUUUUGUCGUUGGAAGACUUGGAAAUAAUUUUGGGGGGGGGGGGGGGUAAAUUGAAACGGCUCAAGGCUCACAAAAUGAAGAAAAACCAAGGAAAAUUAACCAAAGUUAAUCCUCGGAUUGAUGCACAAAAACAGAGUAGACCACUUUUAUAGACUCUUGUGACUGCUUGAACGUCAUAUGGGCUCGUGGUUGCUAUAUUUGCUAGCAGUUACAAGAGACUAAUACCUCAUCAGACAUCAGAAUGCGUUCAUCUGAUAUUAAAAAAAGGUAACAUAAAAAAAAAACCUAAAUGUUCCUCACCACAAACCGCCUUCUUUUUGACAACACCCUUGUUAUUGGGUAUAAAUUUAGGACUUGUACAAGUAUCACAAACAUUCAUCUUUUGUUGCUUCUUUUCCAGAAUACAGUGGUGUCGUGAGAUAUGAGUUAUUGUAAGGACAUUUUUUUCCUGCUUUGUUUUGUGAGCGCAGGCUUGGGAUAUACAGUGGCAGUCAGUCAACUGACUUCACAAUAAGCAAAACUUUGGUAAAUUGUUAAGCUUUAAAAAAAAAAAAAUGGCUUCAAGCUGUUUAUUGCCUUUCCCAUUUGAAGACUUCAUGCAAACACUAAAUAACAUCUAUGUUGUAGUGUUGUAACCCUUUAAGCAAUGGAUUGAAGAGAAAUAGUGCAGCAAGUAGACAAUAUGAGCAUACUCAGUCAUGUAUUCUUCCUCCUCUGUGAAGAAUGACAAAAGUGACGUACUGAUAAUGUGAAGACUUGAGAUGUCUCAAUGAACAGUAUAUCUUAUACUGCCCCCUAUGUGCUCUUUCAGGCACAAUGGCUAUUUAACUUUAAUUCUUUUUAAUCAUGUCAUUACUGUGUAGUUUUAUAAUAGUACUAUAUUAUGGAGUGCUAUUCCUCAUUAUGAUACACAUUACAAGACCUGUUAUUUUUGGUAAGGCUGGUAUAUAUUAAUGUCAUUUCCAUUCUGUGAUGAUUUGCGGUACGAGUAUUUUGUGUUAAGAGCGUGGCCGCGGAAUGAAGGAACCUAAUAUCUGAAGGCACCACUGUAUUUCGAAAUGUACAUUCACAGCUCUUUUCUGGGAAAAAAAUCAAUUUUACCAAUUAGCUUAGUGAGUCUCAUUUAUGUUUUUAUAAGAAACACUAAAGCUUACGUCAAAGAUGUGUUGGGCGGCUCUGUAAAUAUAUCGAGGCUAACUUUGAUUUCCCUUUUGCAUGUUCAAAUGUUUUUUUUAAUCCUUUCGUGUAAUUCAUUUCAACAUCGAAGCUUUCUCUGUUAGCUCCUCAAUGUGUUUCUAUGUGUCGACAUGAAAUACCUCUCUAAAGACCCACAUGUUAUUGCUAAGGACUUGAGUGCUGUUGUACUUUGUAUAAAUGACGUGAGGCGACAUGAUGAUUAGAAACUGCACAAGAAGAAUUUUUGAAUACCAAAAUUUGACACGUGGGCAAAAGAAGGCCCCUGAUUCACCACCAGGACUUACCUCACGCUCGUAGUCUAAGACGGUUUGUUGUUUUAUAGAAUCACAAAUAUUUUAGAACAGAGAACACGAAUCAAUCGUAAGCCUUUGCCUCUUGCUUUGACCCCAAAAGAGAUCUGGAGGAGGUUCUUUUUGUCAAAGUCCUAAAUCCAUGUCAUUCACCAAGGUUAGUACCACAUUACACUACUCUUAAUGGUUUCUUACUUUUGUGUUCCUGAGUUCUUACGCUUGAGUUUUACGUGAAUGGCAAGCAUUUUAAAAGAAUCAAAAGAUGGCAUGUGUGUCUUUUGUUAUGUAUGUUUGUUUUUUCCAAACUUGCUGAAAAAAAGUGUUGUAAUUACAGCUGUAUGAAGAAUGCCAAAUAAACUACAACAUGCACCAAAGAUGUCUAAUUUUAUGUACAGUACAUGCUGCAGAGGGCCUCAAUUCAAUUCCAUACAAUUAACGACUUGUUUUUUUAUGUUAAAUAUCCACACAUGCCCAUGUUCAAAUGCUUACUUUUUGUGAUGUGAAAAUAAAACCAAGAUAAAUAAUUUAAAAACUUUUUCCACCAAAAUUAACACGUUCAACUCAAGUGAAUUUCCCGAGAUGUCUCGGGUAGAAAGCUUAAAAAAAAAAAAGAC